AUGUCGCGCAUGGCAAAGGAAGGCCAAUUCCAGGCUCCUGGGGCCGCCCAGAGCCAGCAGACACCAGGCCUGGAAAGCAAAAUGCAGCCCGCCAGCGAAGCAACGAAGCUCGAAACACCCGAGGGUAUUAAAGAAUACGAAGGGUCCGGAAAGUUAAACGGGAAGAAGGCAUUGAUUACAGGCGGAGACUCUGGAAUCGGUCGCUCGGUGGCAGCCCUAUUCGCGAGAGAAGGCGCAGAUGUAACGAUCGUCUACCUCCCCGUCGAAGAUGAAGACGCGCAGGAGACAAAGAAGCUGGUUGAGAAGGAAGGACGGGGGUGUCUUCUGUUUCCUGGAGACCUGAGGGACCGCCAGGUUUGCAAGGGGGCUGUUGAUAAACAUGUUGAGCGAUACGGACACAUCAACAUCCUCGUCAACAACGCCUCGCAGCAGUACAUGUGCAGCGACCUCGCGGAGAUCGACCUCGACACAGUGGAAGACGUAUUCAAGACGAACAUCAUCCAGAUGUUCGCGAUAACAAAGUUCGCCCUGCCGCAUAUGGGCAAGGGAGACUCAAUCUUAAACAACACCUCUGUAACGACCUUCCGCGGCACGAAGAGCAUGGUCGACUACGCCUCAACAAAAGGCGCGAUUGUGGGCUUCACGCGCUCGCUGGCGAGUCAGCUCGUUCCAAAGGGGAUCCGGGUUAAUGCUGUUGCACCCGGCUCAACGUACACGCCCAUCCAAGUCGACACGCGCGACGCAGAGUCGAUGCAGAACUGGGCUUCAGGUAAACCGCUUGGACGGCCAGGCCAGCCGAGCGAAGUUGCGACGAGCUUUGUGUUUUUGGCCAGUUCAGCGGCAUCGCUUUACUAUGGGCAGAUACUGCACCCAUACCCGCUAGGUGACUAA